GAGAAACCUCUGCCCAUGGUCCACGAGAAACGUGUCAAGUAUAAUAAGACCUCGUGGGUUGGCCAUUCUUGACACUAUGGAGGUGGCCUCAACAUUACCUUCUGUUCAUCUUCCAUCUCAAGUUCCUCAUCUCUUUCCUACCUGGUCCCCGAGGCUUCUCGAGGUCAACUUGCUUGACACUCCUCUUUCUUUUCUCUCCUCCUCCUCCUCCUCCUCUUCUCUCCAAUCACCUUGUCCAGAUCAGGAGGUCUCCCAAGAUGUUUGGCAAGAAUCAGGAGCCCACUCCUCAGGAGAUCCAUGAGCAGCGGCAGCCGUCCAAUGUCGAAGUCAACACGCACAAGAAGAAUGUCUCGAACCGCGGCCUCACAGGAGCUUCUGCCCUCACCGUCAGGCAGUCCAUCCUGCCCAUCACCCUGGUGACAAUCCUGUUCUUCCUGUGGGGUUUCGCCUAUGGAUUAUUGGAUGUCCUGAAUGCCAAGUUCCAGACCGCACUCAACAUCACAGCCGCCAAGGCAGGUGGCCUGCAAGCUGCCUACUUUGGUGCAUACCUCAUCGGCCCUCCCACCUACUCGGGCUGGCUUGUUCGCAGGUUCGGCUACAGAUGGACCUUCAUCGCCGGCCUGUGCAUCUACGGCGUCGGCGCCCUGAUGUUCUGGCCCUCGGCCGUCAAGAGGUCCUUCGGCGGGUUCUGCGGCAGUCUGUUCAUUGUGGGAAGCGGUCUCAGCACCCUCGAGACCUCGGCCAACCCUUUCAUCGCCACCUGCGGCCCGCCUCGCCUGUCAGAGUUCCGUCUGGAGCUGUCGCAGUCUUUCCAGGCCAUCGGCUCCGUCAUGGCUCCGCUGCUUGCCUCGCGCGUCUUUUUCAGCAAUACCGACCCCAGCGACAUCUCCAAGGUCCAGUGGACCUACCUCGGCAUCGCCGCCUUCGUCUUCCUGCUCGCCGUCGUCUUCUACUUCUCGCCCAUCCCCGAGGUCACCGACGCCGAUAUGGAGCUACAGGCAGAGCAAUCUGCGGGCCUGACCGGUUAUGAGGAUAAGCCCAUGUCUAAGCAAUAUAAGCUGUGGUUUGGCGUCGCUGCGCAGUUCUGCUACGUGGGGGCUCAAGUUGGAGUCGCGGCCAAUUUCAUCAAUUUCGCGGUGGAAUCGGCUGGCCUGACCUCUGCCCAGGCCAGCGACCGUUAUGCCAUCGCUCAGGGCCUCUUCGCCCUCGGCCGUUUCGCCGCCGCCGGCAUGAUGAUGUACAUCAAGCCGCGCCUUGUGCUGAUGGUGUUCAUGAGCGCCAUCAUGGUCUUCAUCGCGCUGUCCAUGGGCAUCUACGGCGAGGGCGGCAUCGCCUUCCUCAGUCUCGUGCUCUUCUUCGAGUCCUGCGUCUUCCCCACCAUCUUCACCCUGUCCAUCCGCGGCCUGGGCCGGCACACCAAGCGCGGCAGCUCCUUCAUCGUCGCCGCCGUCUCGGGAGGCGCGCUCUUCCCCUCGCUCACGGGCCUGGUGGCCGAUCACAAGAGCUACCACAUCGCCAUGUGCGUGCCUCUGGUCGGCUUCUUUGUCUCCUUCGUCUACCCCAUAUUCCUCAACACUGUCUAUAAGAAGGAGCUUGACGGCUUCCGCGAGACCAAGAUUGGGUACAAGGACGAGCACGGCGGCACCAUCGGCGACCCGACCCGCAGGGACCAGGGCGUCGUGGAGUCUACCGAGAAGGUGGCCUACAGGACGGAGCACCUCGAGGCCUAA